UAUCUAUAACUGACAGGUGCAUCUAUGAUUUCAACGCAGAGGCCGUCACCAUGGUCCACUUCGACACGGUUCUGGAUGGAGUGCGUCUGGCUCUCACCCGGUCUUCUCCUGCUCAGAUACAAGUGUUUUUGGAGGGUUUGGUGGAGGAACAGAUCAUCUCAGAGGUCUACGGCGAACGUUUGGGUCUGCUUCGACUCGCUGAAGGUACCGAAACGGAUCAUCAACCAAUCAGCCACAAGCAAGGAACCCAGGUGAGGAUGCUGUCUGAAGAAUCUCACAACCAGACAGGGUCACCAGAGGACGGAUAUUCAAGAACAUCACAAAUUCAACCUGUGUAUGAGCAGUGUAUGGACAAUGAAAACACAUUCAACCUAACUGGGAUUAGUGAGAUUUCACCAACAGAGGAAAUAACUGAUUUUAAAGACAGACUUGUAUGUGCACAGCCCGAUCCGGGGCUAAAUGGAGAAAUAAGAAAACUGCUGAGAAGUGCAACUUCAAUGCAAGGGCCUGUAAGUGAUAAUGAAAGAAAGGAUGAGGGGAAUUUGGAGAGUGAGAGGGAGUGGUUAGAGCAGGUAGAGGAAGCAGCUCGCAGAAUAGCAGUACCUCUUUGGCAGCACUGGGACAGAGGACAGAAGAUGUUACUGUCACUUGUUCCUGAUUUGACAAGUGACAGUCCAGCAGCGCACAGAGAAGCACAAAGCAAUGAUUCGGACAUGGAAGAGGAGGCAGAAGUUGCAGUUGCCUGUAAGAUGCUGGAUUUUUAUAUUAGCGGAGCAGAUGUUACAGAUACAAACCUCUCACUGGACACAGACGGAGCUGCUGACCCUCUACACGACCUUUCUCUGUACGACAACAUCCUGGAUUGUUUCAACGUCCCUGGAGAAACAAAAGCUGCCUCAUCUAUUAUCAGUAAAGAUUCCACAACCGAUUCCAACAACAACAUUGCAGAGUCACUAAAGGAUGAUUGUGAUGUUUUCUGGGCAACAAACACAACAGAAGAAACGAGUAGUUGCACAAAAACUGGACUCGCAGAUAGUUUUGCACAUUUUAUUUCAUCUUUUGCACUUAAAGACAAUCAAACAAAGCAGCAGGAAAACUCGUCACUCCCAGAUGUACAUCACAGCAUGGAAAUAGAUGAUACAGGAAUCCUAGAAAAUGUACUCCGGACUGCUUUUUCUACAUAUGAGUUAAUAGACUGCCAUGAAAACCAAGAGUCAUCAUGGGGUACCAAGAUGCAGGAAGUAGAUCAGGAUCCAUAUAUCUGUCCUGAUUUAGGAGAUUUACCAGAUUUAGAGGAUUUAUUUUUGGACGACAACGAUGACUUCCUGGGGAAGUUAGUCGAUAAUGUCCUGUUGGGUGACCCCUGGUUGAACUGUGAGGAUGGCAUCGAGGGGUUCGAUGAAUUUUCUACCCUGACGGAGCUGCUCAACUCAGACAUCCAGCCACUGAGACAAGAGGACACACCGACGGGAAAAACUACUACUAAGAGAAAAAGAAGUAAAGUUCCUCAUUCAAAACAGAGCGCUGAUGAGAAUACACCUACCAGAGCAAAAAGGAAAAGAGGAGCAGAUCGAGGGAAACACAUAGAGGUGCAGACUGAACCAGCUGUCACUCAAGGCAGUGAUGCAUCAGACCUCAGUCCGGUUGAAUUCUUCUCCACACCCCCGCCAAACAUCGUACCUCUCUCCCAGGUCCCGUUUAUCACCAUCCAAGACCUUAGCCCGGGGUAUCAGGUCGUUCGGACCCUGCGGUUAUCUCCGUCGGUUUUCAGGCUUCCACUCCCCAGUACAGCAGCUCCACCUCAAAUCAUAUUUGUACCUGCACCCUCACCUGCCUCUAAAUGCCAAGUCCCACCCCUUUCACCAGUGGGCGGGGCAGUAGCUCCUGUCCAGAUGAGCUCAUCCCCACCAGGAUCUCUGUCAGACACCGCCAGCAGAGCCAUGUCUCCUCCCUCCUGUGUCUCACCACAAUCCCCCAUAAGUGAUAAGUCCCCGUUUAAGGAGUCACCUGUUCCUCAGUCUCCCACUUAUCUGGAUAUUCCACAAACUGUGAAGGACUACAUUCAGGACACCAAAGCCCACAUGAGUCAAACCUGUGAGGACAUGGAAGCAGGCCUCAGCUUGACCUCUCAUUACGUUGACGUCCAAGUAACCCAGAGAGAGAUUCCUCGCACUGGAAAAAACACCAACAAAUGCCUGGAGAAGGAGUUAGUCAUCAUGGGAGAUACGGACCGAAAGAAAAACAUGGUGGGGAUGAAUCAGAUCUUUGAGAGCUCAGAUGGCAACAAACCCAAAAGAUACAUCCUGCUGCUGGGCAGCGCAGGGAUGGGAAAAACUACUCGUAUCAGGAGACUGUGUCUGGACUGGUCCAAAGACUGUAUCCCCCAGUUUGACUUUGUCUUCUUACUGGACGGCAAAGCGCUCACUUUAACAAAGCCGGUCCAUAGCCUUCAAACCCUCCUCCUCAGCCUUUCCUCCUUGGCCCCUUCCUGCACCGACCCCGAGGCAGUGUUUGCUCAAAUCCUCGCAGCCCCUAAGCGAGUGCUCAUCAUUUUUGAUGGGUUUGAGGAGCUGCGGGAAUAUGAAAUACUCCUUCAGGCUCAAGAGAAAGACUUGAUCGCGUCAUUGCAAAAAGACAGUAAAGCUCAAUCCUAUACAGUAAGACAGGUGUACUCUGCCAUCCUCCAGAGGGUCUUGCUUCCAGGAUGCACUCUUCUAGUCUCCACAAGACCAAGAGGUAAUGUCGGUCCACUGCUGCGACGGGCGGACAGCCUUUUGGAUGUGUGUGGCUUCUCUCCCUCAGAUGUAGAGACCUAUUUGUCGAAGUACUUCACUGAUCCUGACCUCAGGGUCUCUGCUAUGAACUGCCUAAAAUCCAGCAGCUAUCUUAACCUCCUCUGCUGGAACCCAGGGUUGUGUCGACUGGUGUGCUUGGUUUUAGAACAAUCCCAAAACUCAGAGGUCCUACCAAGAACUCUGACAGGGCUGUGCCACCAAGUGCUUCAUCUGAAAAUGGAAGCAGAGCGUAGGAGAAAAGACUCAAAGACCGAAACUGAAACUGAAACUCAAAGGUCCGAGCAAUCUGAAGAGGAGACCCAGACGCAAAUCUCAACCGGUACUCAACUGAAGAAGCGUCAGUCCAGAAAGACAGUAUGCACCCGAUCUCGGGCAAGGGGAACUGGAAGAGGCAAUAAGAACAAGGACAAUGGACAGGUAGAGGUAGAGGUAGAGGAGGUGCAGAUUUGUGGAGGAGGUGAUGUAGAUAGAACAGAGAAAGUGUUGCUCUCCCAGCUCAGCUCCUUGGCCUGGGAAGGGGUCAAAGCCAACUCAUCUGUGGUCUCCAGGGAACAGACUGUGUCCACCAAACUGAAGGAGUUUGGCCUCAGGACGGGGCUCCUCCUGCGUAACCCACUGACACCUUCUGAAAAAGGAGAGGAAAAGGGAAAUAAGACAAAAGUCCAAAAGAAAACAAAGGAUGAUAAAGACUGUACCACUGAACCGGAUGAUCACAUCCUGUUGUGGGCCAGUCCUUUUCUUCAGAGUUUCCUGGCAGGAGUCCAUGUGUCUUUGUCAAGAAUGGUAGCAGACCGUACGUUCCAGCAGACCCUCCCUUUCAACACGGGGGCGAGGGGACGCCGGCGACCUCAAAGAGAAGGGCUUGAGCUAACGCAACGGUUCGCCGUCGGUCUCCUGUUCCACGACAGGACCGAGCUGCAGCGGCUUCACCACAACACCAACACGGCCUUCAGAGACAUGUUGGUCACCAAACAGAAUCAAGUCACAAAACACCUGGAAGGCCUUUCCCUCGGUGACCUGAGCCCCGCCCAGAUCCUGGAGGCGUGUCACUAUGUUUAUGAGGGAUGUUUCACACACAGUGAAGGUGGAGGAGACUCACGACUAGCUGUGCACCUGGCAGCGAAUCUCCCAGAGCUCCUGACAUUUCGUGGAGUCCCCCUCAGCCCCCCAGAUGUGUUCACGGUGAGGAACAUCCUCCAACGAGGUGGAGGGGAAGGAAGAUGUUUCAGCUUGGAUUUGCGGGAAUCAGGGAUACAGAUCUCUGGACUCAGAUCCCUUAUGGAGCUCAGUAACAUCAACACAUACAGGGCGUGCAUUGCUGAUGCCAUUACGCUGUGGGAGCAGCUGGAGCAGAGCGUUGAAGAGGAACUCCUACAUGGAGCUGUGUCCAAGUUCAAGAUCCACCCUCUGAAAGCCACACAGGUGUCCCACAUAGAACAUCUGGCAAAGCUGGUGGACAUUCACACUCACAGGAGACUUUCAGACAGUCCCAGCCAAUCAGAUUCUGUCCUGGCUGACGGAGUACCAGCAGUCAAAGAGCUACAGAAGCUAGAGUUUGAGUUCGGUCCUGAGAACGGCCCACUGGCUCUUCCAAAGCUGUGGGAGCUCCUGCCUGGUCUCCAUAACCUGCAGCACUUAGAUCUGGAAAACAGUAAGAUUGGAGAUGACGGAGCAGAGAAACUGGCCGAUGCUCUGGUCCCACUUUGUUCCCUGGAGAUACUCAAUUUGUCCCAGAACUGCAUAGGGGAUCGCGGGGUAAAGAAACUGGCAGACACAUUGAUGCAUCUGCCCAAACUGCACCGUUUAAGUCUCUACCGUAAUGUGAUUUCUGACGAAGGGGCUGAGAGUUUAGCGGCCGCCCUCCCACACAUGGCUUCACUCGCUGACCUGGAUGUGGCAUAUAACAAGCUAACAGAUGUUGGAGCUCAGAGUUUGGGGACCAGUCUGGGACACUGUAAACAAAUUAGGUCUCUGAGGAUGUGGAACGAGUGCAUCCCAGUCGGGGUGUUGGAGCGACUCCAGCAGCGGGAUCAACGGAUUCUGUGGCAUUAGACCAUCACCUUUACACUACUCAGCGACUUUUUAAGAUACACAUUAAAGCUAUACCUACCGAUGUGGCAUUUCUCACAGCACUUGGUAAAAGUUUGAACAUGAACAACCCGCCUCCCUCCAAAGCCCCGCCCCCUUCCCUCUGCUUGAGCUCUGAGGCUCCU